CGUUUUUUCCUUGUUAUUUGUAUUUUAACUUGACGUUGGUAAAAAAAAAAAAAAUUAUAUAUAUAUUUAAUUUAUAUUUUGAUUUAGAAUAAAACGAAAUGUUGAGACGAAACACUACCAUUUUUACGAACGUGAUACGCGAACUUGGACUUCAAAAUGACGAAGUAGAAAUUAAAACAAAAGCUUUUGAAAUUCAAAAGGAAGUCGAAAGAAAAAUAGACUCCAAACUUAUUACACAUUGGCAUAGUUGUAAACCUGCACUUUGUAUUCACGUCGCGUGUGAAAUGUUAAAAAUUCCAUUUGAUAAACGUUCAAUAGUAAAACUUGCAAGUACAACGGAACAAAAUUAUUCUUCUUCUCUUUCUUAUAUCAAGAAAAAUUUAAACAUUUCCACUUUAAGUUUUGAACUAUUAGCGUCACGUUUUGGAUGUCCAAAAACUUUACCAUACCUUGAAUCAAUGUUUGAAAUUUUUAAAAAUAAUUGGACAAAAGAUUUGACAAGUGCUAAUAUUAAAGCAAUAGAUUGGGAUGAUGACGUAUUUAAAGUUGCAAUAUUUUGGUGUGUUUGUAAGGCGUUUAAAGAUCUUCAAAAUCGAAUAACUUUACAAGAGUUAAUUGAUCUACCAGAGAUUACAAUUACUCGUGCUGAAUCAAACAAAUAUACAAAACUUGUUGAAACCUAUUGUAAGAGUUACAUCGAUGAACUUAGAUCACAAAAAAAAGCUGGACUUAGAUUAGCAUUAAAAAAACCAGUACCUCUUAAAAAAAAAUCCAAACCUAAAGGUAAUGAAAGUAAAACGAAUGAUAAUGGUAAAGAGACAAAAAGAGGUAGAAAACGAAAAUUGCAAGAUGAAGAGAAAAACGUACAACAUGAAAAAGAUGAAGAUGAUGAGGAAACAAUCUCAAAAUCGGUAGAUAAUGAAGAAGAAGAAAUUUCUUGUAUCGGAUCGUGUGUUUCACAGGGAGAAAUGAAAAUCGUCAAUUACUGGGAAACGCAGUUAUAUAGUGAUUAUCUAGACUGGCGUGAAAAGAUUAUGCAAAAAAUAUCCGAAAAAGAAUAAAAUGGAUAGAAAAAUGAUUAUAAUUAUAUAAUUUUAAUUGAUAGAUGAAUGCUUUUUUGUAAAAAU